AUGAACCUGAAGAACCACCUGCAGCCGCUACGUAUCGCUGUAGCCGUGGCGCUGGGAGCAGAGUACGCGCCGCAUCUGUCAGGAGGCGAGCGGUUCAGAUCCUAUCUCCCGCUGCAGCCGGAGGAGGCCAGUGGGCAGGGGGACAGGGCGGCAGAAGAAAGCCCAGAUAAGAGCACUGUCCUGGGGGAGAGAGCGGAGGAGAAGAGGGGGUGA